AUGUAUUCCAAAGAUGCUGAAAUGACGCCACACGACCAGCCCAACGAGCACCCCCCACCCCCGUACGAGGCAAUUCCGCAAAAUUUGAGUGAAGCUCAAGGUAUCUCCGUCAACGAGGACGGCCGUGUUGUCGUGGAUGCUAGUUCUCGGCUCUGCAGAUCUCUUUCUAGGCUAUUGCCUAAUGCUGUCCGUCAGAGUGUAUCCCCACCGUCAUAUUCGGAAGGGGUAUCGACAUUCAAGUUCCCUCUGAAUAUUGUGAUUCAAAUCGUGGGCAGUAGAGGAGACGUCCAACCAUUUGUUGCACUUGGAACGGAGCUACAGAAUAUGGGCCACCGAGUGCGUAUUGCAACACAUAAUGUCUUUGAGCAGUUUAUUCUCGAAGCAGGCUUGGAGUUCUACCCCAUCGGCGGUGAUCCGGCCGACCUGAUGUCAUACAUGGUCAAGAAUCCCGGGUUGGUCCCAAGCUUAGACAGUGUUCGCGAGGGAGAUAUUCAAAAGAAGCAACUAAUGAUGGCGGAAAUUCUCCAUGGUUGUUGGCAAUCAUGUCUGAUGCCCGACCUUAUCACCAAUUCCCCCUUCGUGGCCAAUGCCAUUAUUGCCAACCCUCCGAGCUUCGCGCACGUCCACUGCGCCCAAGCCCUAGGCAUUCCACUUCACUUGAUGUUUACAAUGCCAUGGAGCCCAACAACGGCAUUUCCGCACCCGUUGGCCAAUUUGAAAAAUAUUCCCGCCGAUCAAGCGUGGCUCAAUCGCGUUUCAUAUGGUGUCGUGGACUGGCUAUCAUGGCAGGGUCUCGGCGGCGUCAUCAACGAUUGGCGGAAACAUGAGCUCGAGCUCGAGCCUAUUUCUCUUUCAGAUGGCCCUUUCAUUUUAACUAAACUGAAUGUUCCCUAUACAUAUUGCUGGUCCCCUGGCCUAGUUCCCAAACCUAAUGACUGGCCUCAUAAUUUUGACGUGUGUGGAUUCUUCUUCCGCGAUCCACCAAAUUAUCAACCUCCUGCGGAGAUUGCAGAAUUCCUCAACGCCGGGCCGCCUCCGGUCUAUUUCGGAUUCGGUAGCAUUGUCCUUGAAGAUCCGGCACAGAUAACAAAAACCAUUCUCCAGACGAUUCAGGAAACCGGUGUUCGGGCAAUCAUUUCACGCGGUUGGAGCAAGCUAGGAGGGGAAGACUUGAGAGAACUAAACCGGAGUGACGUUCUAUUUAUAGGCGAUUGCCCGCACGAAUGGCUAUUUGAGCGUGUCAGUGCGGUUGUUCACCAUGGAGGUGCUGGUACAACGGCAUGUGGGCUACGAAAUGGCAAGCCCACUAUCAUUGUGCCAUUCUUUGGAGACCAACCGUUUUGGGGAAAAAUGGUUUCCGCGGCCGGUGCAGGACCAGACCCUAUUCCAUACAAACUACUGAACGUCGACGCAUUAGCUCACGCAGUGCGGUUUUGUUUGACCCCAGAGGCAGUGCGCUCCGCACAGGGUAUUGCCGCCAAAAUGGAGAAGGAAAAAGGAGUGCAAACAGCCGUGGAAUCGUUCCAUCGGAAUUUACCCAAAGGUCUAGUUGAAUGUGACCUACUACCAAAAUUCCCGGCCGUCUGGAGAUAUCGUCUCGGCAAGAAAAGAUUUCGCUUGUCGAAAGUUGCUGCGGAGAUUCUUGUUGACAAGAAUUUGUUGGAUAUCAAAAGGCUGAAACCGUACCAGCCAAAUCCCAUCAUCAUCGAGAACACGCGAUGGGACCCUGUGACUAGUAUUUCUUCUGCUGGAAUGGGAUUCACGUUUGAUAUGCUCAAAGCAGGUGGAGAUAUCUUCUAUAAGCCAUACAAGGUAUACCAGGAUGGUCGCACCUCUCCUCUUCCAUUAUCAGCCAGUUCAGAAGACACUCCUUCCGAACUGCUGCCACCAGGAGGAAGUGGAUCAUCAAUUCGCAAAGGCCAAUCGAAGAGUGAUUUCACAGCAAGCAGGGAGGUGCAGCCUAAGAAAAGAGGCAGAGGAGCUGCGAUGGCUUCAGCAUCGACUCAUGCUUCCGGGAAAUUCCUAGGAAAGAUUGCCUCUGGAUGUAUGGUCGAUAUUCCUUUGGCCGCAGCUGAAGGCUUUCGUGUGCUCCCUGGUCUAUAUGGAGACAAAAUUCCCGAAUAUGGAAACGUCAAAGAUUGGAAGUCUGGGGCAGUCGCAGGCGUUAAAAGCUUUGGCGUUGGCAUGGGGGAGCUGUGGCUGAUAGACGGAGGAGUCGCAGGAUUUGCGGGCGGCUUGUUCAAAGGCACCUUCGGCGUAAUGGCCAAAAUGGUGCAUGGAUCCGUUGGCCUUGUUGCCUAUCCCAGCCAAGGUAUUAAACAGUCCAUUUAUGCGGCAUUUCAUAAGAGCACACGGAACCUCAUUUUGGCGGCUCUUCACCUAGAGGGAGAAGAUGCGGUUCGGCAAGAGAGAGUGAGAGGAUUGGAAGACCAGAAGGUCAUCGAAAAAUUCAUGGCUAUGACCAAAAGUGAGCUCGAUGAUGACAGUGAUUAUGUAUAA